AUGGAGCAAGAGGUGCAAAAGCGCCAGCAGACGAAUGAAGCUUUCCAAAAGGCGCUCAAGGAAAUCGGAGGAAUCAUUACUCAAGUCGCGGAUGGAGACCUUUCCACGAGAGUCCAGAUCCAUCCACUCGAGAUGAAUCCUGACAUUACGACUUUCAAAGUUACGAUCAACACAAUGAUGGACCAGUUGCAGGUAUUCGCGAGCGAGGUCUCCCGAGUGGCACGAGAGGUGGGCACAGACGGUAUACUGGGCGGUCAGGCGCAGAUCGUCGGGGUACAUGGCGUUUGGAAGGAGCUCACCGAUAACGUAAAUGUCAUGGCAUCCAAUCUCACAGACCAAGUCCGUGAGAUCGCCCUUGUUACUACAGCGGUCGCUCACGGCGACCUGAGUCAGAAAAUUGAACGGCCUGCCAAAGGCGAGAUUUUCAAUCUCCAGCAGACCAUUAACACGAUGGUGGACCAACUUCGUACAUUUGCCAUGGAGGUCAAUCGUGUUGCGCGAGAUGUUGGAUCUGAAGGCGUCCUUGGUGGACAAGCACAAAUCUACGGCAUCCAGGGAAUAUGGAAGGAGCUCACUGUCAAUGUCAAUGCCAUGGCGAAUAACUUGACAACACAAGUUCGUGAUAUCGCCACGGUAACAACUGCAGUCGCAACCGGAGACCUCACACAGAAGGUUCAAGCUGAAUGCAAAGGCGAAAUACUUGCUCUGAAAGAAAUUAUCAACUCGAUGGUCGACCAACUCCGACAAUUCGCGCAGGAAGUCACGAAGAUAGCGAAAGAGGUUGGCACAGAUGGCGUUCUCGGGGGUCAGGCGACAGUUCACGAUGUUGAAGGGGUUUGGAAGAACUUGACAGAGAAUGUCAACGGGAUGGCAAUGAACCUUACCACCCAGGUGCGAGAGAUAGCAGAUGUUACCACGGCUGUGGCCAGGGGUAAUCUUACGAAAAAGGUGACUGCUAAUGUCAAAGGGGAAAUUGCGGACCUGAAGCAUACGAUAAAUGACAUGGUUGAUCGCCUGAACCAAUUUGCAUUUGAGGUCAGCAAAGUUGCACGUGAAGUCGGAAUUGACGGAACACUCGGCGGCCAGGCUGUUGUCGCCAAUGUCGAGGGCGAGUGGAAGACAUUGACAGACAACGUGAAUACAAUGGCUCAGAACCUGACUUCCCAAGUCCGAGCGAUAUCAGAAGUUACUCAGGAAACAAUCAAUGAUAUGGUACAUCAACUGGACCAGUUCGCUCAAGAACUCAAGCGGGUCGCACGUGAUGUUGGCGUGGAGGGAAGAAUGGGAGGGCAGGCUAGCAUCGCCGGCAUGGGCGGUCGAUGGAAAGAGAUCACCGAGGAUGUCAAUAUCAUGGCCGACAAUUUGACUUCCCAGGUUCGUGCAUUCGGAGAGAUCACAAAUGCAGCUACGGACGGAGAUUUCAGCAAAUUGAUCACAGUCAGUGCAUCUGGGGAGAUGGACGAGCUCAAGCAAAAGAUUAACAAGAUGGUCUCGAAUCUACGCGAGAGUAUUCAGCGCAACACUGCGGCAAGAGAAGCAGCCGAACUCGCUAACAGAAGCAAAUCGGAAUUCCUUGCUAAUAUGAGCCAUGAGAUCCGAACGCCAAUGAAUGGUAUCAUUGGUAUGACGCAGUUGACUCUUGACACAGACGAUCUUCAACCAGGCGCAAGAGAGAUGUUAAAUGUUGUGCACGGCCUUGGGAAUAGCCUGCUCACUAUCAUCGAUGACAUCCUUGAUAUCUCAAAGAUUGAAGCAAACCAUGUCGUUAUUGAAGAUAUUCCUUUCAGUCUUGGCAAUAUAGUCUUUAACGCUCUGAAGGCUCUUGGGGUUGAAGCCAAUGAAAAGGCACUAAGUCUCACCUACAUGGUUGACAACUCUGUGCCUGACUUCAUUGUCGGAGAUUCUUUCCGCCUCCGACAAAUCAUUCUGAACCUGAUCGGGAACGCCAUCAAAUUCACCGAGCAUGGAGAGAUCCAACUUACUGUGAAGCAACAGGAGCCAAGAGAAGGUGAUUUUGAUGAAUGUCGCCUUGAGUUCACUGUUUCAGAUACCGGAAUUGGUAUACAUCAUAGCAAGCUCGACUUGGUUUUUGACAAGUUUCAGCAAGCUGACGGUUCAACGACCCGAAGGUUCGGUGGCACAGGCCUUGGCCUGUCAAUAUCAAAGAGACUAGCGAACCUCAUGGAUGGCGAUAUAUGGGUCACAUCAGAUGUGGGUUCAGGCAGCACCUUCCAUUUUACAUGCACCGUUAAGCGAGGAGGUUUGUCUCCUGAAGCUAUGUCCCAGCGGUUAAUGCCUUACCAAGGCCACGGAGUCCUUCUUCUUAUUGAGGGCUGUAACGAGGAUCGUUCGGAACAGAUAUGCCACAUAUUAGCGGAACUCAAGCUUCUUCCCAUUAAGAGUCCCACCAUCCGCGUACUGGCGCAGAUCAGUGCUGACCACUUCCAAAUGAGAGAAGUUCUGCAAGCUGAAGUUGUCAUUUUUGAGGUUAUGGAGACCUUAAUUGGUUUAAGAGCCUUGGAUGACUUUAAAUCGGUUCCUGCCGUCCAAAUAGGACCUGCGAUAUCAGUAAGCAUGAAGGCGGCACUAGAUUUGUGCAUCACCUCAUAUGUGACAAAUCCCUGUCAUUUGAUCGACCUUGGGAAUGGCAUACUUCCCGCGUUCGAGAGCCGGCCGUCCCGAAUCACCAAAGGCCAGACAUAUUCUUUAUCAAUCCUGCUGGCCGAGGACAACGAGGUCAACCAGAAAGUAGCUCUCAAAAUCCUUGAGAAGCACAAUCACUAUGUAACUGUGGUCGAUAAUGGCCUGGAUGCCUUCGUGCAAGUCAAAGAAAGGAAAUUUGAUGCGGUCUUGAUGGAUAUUCAAAUGCCAGUCAUGGGUGGGUUUGAGUCCACCGCCAAAAUUCGGGAGCAUGAACACUCGUUCAAUCUCCCACGCAUGCCGAUUAUUGCUCUCACCGCCCAUGCUAUGUUUGGCGACCGCGAGAGAUGUAUUGAGGCGGGAAUGGACUGCUACCUGUCAAAGCCUCUGAAUCCAGAUCAGAUGAUACAGACGAUCCUCAAAUAUACUACUUCCACUGGUACUGCUUUGGUAGGGAAUGACUAG